GAUGCCGCAUCACUGCUCGGCUUGGGGUUGUACAAACCGACAAAAUAAAGACUGUAAACUGCGUGGAAUUACCUUCCACAGGUUUCCCACCAACAAAUUUGUGAGGAAGCAGUGGGAAGCAGCUCUCCGGAGAGAGGCUUUCAUUGCGACUUCGUACUCGAGGCUCUGCAGCGAGCACUUUGAGGAGAAGGACUUUGACAGGACAGGUCAGACUGUCCGGAUCAGGGAUGGAGUAUUACCAUCUGUAUUCAACUUCCCAGCUCAUCUCAAAAGAACCGUGGCAACCAGGACAAGCUGGACAUCACAGCAGGCAGCCACUGCAACACUUCAGAACCAAUUAGUGGAGUGUUCUCCACCUGUUGCCGAAGGAGAACCUCAGCCCGACCCCAGUCUGGACCACUCCUAUGCACUACCCACAUGUCCUGGUGCUUUGAAAGCCAGACUCAGCAAAGCCAUGGCCAAGGUAGAAAGUCUGGAAAGAGAAAAGAGGAACGCCAGAGAUCGAGAACGGAGGGCAAAGAGCACAGUGUGUGGUCUUCUGGAGGAACUGAGAGCAAAAAACCUAAUAAAUGAAGAGCUGAAAGAGAAGCUGGACUUGUACUCAGAUCUUCCGGUUCAGCUACUGUCAAAACAGAGCCAGGAAUACACUAAAGAUCAGAGGGAGUUUGCCCUCACUCUCCACCUACAUGGCCCUAAAGCAUACACAUAUCUGCGGGAGUCCCUUCACUUGAAUCUCCCACAUCCACAUACAUUGCAAAGGUACCUGUCUGUCAUGGGGUUCAUCAUUAACAUUGAUACCCUUAUAUUUAUGAUCCCGGAGCUGCUUCAAAAUCAGCGAUACAUCUGCACCUAUCGCUUCAGCCAGGAUCACUUGGAGCUCCUCUUUAACUCCAUCAGGGCAUCUGGGGGCUGGAACAACAAUCCCUCGGCAGGCCAAUUCCAGGCUAUUUUCCGCCGCCUCAUGGUCAACUGUGGUGUGUCUCCUGGAAAGUCUGGAAACGUGGCAGCAGUAAAUGACACUGUGUCCCUGUCUGCUGUUGAUCUGUCUUCAGCUCCAGCAGCAGAAGAAUCUGAUGACCUCCCAUCCCUGUUUGUCAACAUCCCUGCUCUCGUGUGUGACCACAACUAUUUGCCCACACGUUUUGGUGGCCUUGUGGACAAUGCUCUCACAUAUAUAUCAGGGUUUGUUGUGAGACGCGUUCUGAGGAUGCUGUCUUGUGAUGUGUGUCGUGGUAGCCUGGUGACAGAUGCUGCACCUGCAUCUUUUGAUCGGAGCUACCACUUGCUGACCCUCAGGAACAGGGGAGGGCUCAUGAUUCCUUCUGAGGGGACCGUGAAGGUCGUUACAUCAGCAGAGCGCUUCAUCCGCCAGUCAGAACCAGGGCAAAAUAUGAGUGUGUCCUCUCUCAACAGGCUUGUCCGUGCACACAUUGGUUCACAGGACAUAUUUUUUCUGAAGGGUCACAUUGAGGACACACAGUAUGGCAUUGAAAACCAUCACUUUGGGCUCAUGUCAGUGGUAGUGUCUGUUUUCCACAAGCUGAGAUACCACCACAUUGCAAAAAUGAGAACACUAAAGCUCCAAAUUGGCAAUUCACGGAAGAGGCUGUGUAAGACAGUACUCUUCCAAGGUUACUAA